AUGGAGGGCACGCCUGCAGUCAACUGGAGUAUCGAGUUGGACCUCGGGAGUGGAGUGCCACCAGGGGCGGAGGGUAACCGCACGGCCGGGCCACCACGACGCAACGAGGCCCUGGCGCGCGUGGAGGUGGCGGUCCUGUGUCUCAUACUGUUCCUGGCUCUGAGUGGCAACGCGUGCGUGCUGCUGGCGCUGCGUACGACGCGCCACAAGCACUCACGCCUCUUCUUUUUCAUGAAGCACCUGAGCAUCGCCGACCUGGUGGUGGCUGUGUUCCAGGUGCUCCCGCAGCUGCUGUGGGACAUCACCUUCCGCUUCUAUGGGCCCGACCUGCUGUGUCGUCUGGUCAAAUACUUGCAGGUGGUGGGCAUGUUCGCCUCCACCUACCUGCUGCUGCUGAUGUCGCUCGACCGCUGCCUGGCCAUCUGCCAGCCGCUGCGCUCACUGCGCCGCCGAACCGACCGCCUGGCGGUGCUGGCUACAUGGCUCGGCUGCCUGGUGGCCAGCGUUCCUCAGGUGCACAUUUUCUCGCUGCGCGAAGUGGCGGACGGCGUCUUCGAUUGCUGGGCGGUCUUCAUCCAGCCCUGGGGACCCAAGGCCUACGUCACGUGGAUCACGCUCGCCGUCUACAUCGUACCGGUCAUUGUGCUGGCCGCCUGCUAUGGUCUCAUCAGCUUCAAGAUCUGGCAGAAUCUGCGACUCAAGACGGCAGCCGCAGCGGCAGCAGCUGCUGAGGGGAGUGACGGUGGAGUCGGGCGUGCGGCGUUGGCACGGGUCAGUAGUGUCAAGCUUAUCUCCAAGGCCAAAAUCCGCACAGUGAAGAUGACCUUCAUCAUCGUUCUGGCCUUCAUCGUGUGCUGGACGCCUUUCUUCUUCGUGCAGAUGUGGAGCGUCUGGGACGUCAAUGCGCCCAAGGAAGCUUCUGCCUUCAUCAUCGCCAUGCUCUUGGCCAGCCUCAACAGCUGCUGCAACCCAUGGAUCUACAUGCUCUUCACGGGUCACCUCUUCCACGAACUUGUGCAGCGCUUCCUCUGCUGCUCCGCUCGGUACCUGAAGGGCAGCCGGCCUGGAGAGACGAGCAUCAGCAAGAAAAGCAACUCCUCCACCUUCGUCCUGAGUCGUCGCAGCUCGAGCCAGAGGAGCUGCUCUCAACCAUCCUCGGCAUGA